GUCAACGUGUUGUCGGCCAGUGGUGUCUCUUCCUUACAGCGUACCACCACCUUCCUCUUUCAUUCCUCAUCAUGCCUCCAGUAAUCCAUUCAGAGCAGGAGGAAUCGGACUUCAUGAAUGAUCUGCUCUUUGGCGUGGACGACUCGUUUUUCAAUGCCGUCCCUUCUCCAGACCCAACUCCUAAGAAAGGACACGUUCUUGGCAGGACUACGUCGCGUUUAUCACUCAUCCAAAGGACACCAACAAAAAACAGGACUCCACGAAAGGCAUUAGUGAAAUCUCCACUCUCUACGCGUAAGAACGCGUCGGCUGGUAAUGAUCAAGGUCUUGAUUUGCUCCUCGAGGGCGCUGAGAGCUGGGAUUGGGAUGAUAUGAACACGGAUUUUCUAACUCCAGAGCACAGGGACUGCAUUCAGCAUCUAAAUUCUGAGAAUGCAGGCAGCAUAUCGCUCCGAGUCGACAACAUUGUCGUGACGCGUUGUAUCGUCAAGGAAGUCCAGGAAAAUAUGCAAAGUGUUUAUUAUGAAAAGGUGCUCAUUGUCCAAGCCGUCUCAGAGAAAGACAUUCGUACGGUUGUACUCCGAGAUGAUUGGACAGGCACUGACGUACGACCUGGGGAUGUCGUCAAUGUCAUCGGAACUUUCCAAGACCAACCUUGCUCAUCAUCGACUCCUCGUUCCCUAGGCAUCGUAAUUUCGGCCAAGGAGAACCUGCUCAUUCAUCAUCCAGAUUUGUUAAUCACAGCAACCUCGCUUUCCAAUGCCACGCAGUGCGCGAGGAAACCUCUCCUCUCCAAUCUGGUUCGAGCAUCAUCAGACAUGACCCCAUCGUUAGUUUGGGGUAACAUGUUACAUGAGGUGAUGCAGAUGUGUUUUGGUGACGGCGAUUGGAGCGAGAAAGGAGUAGAUGAGAAGAUCGGGGGUGUCGUUAGUAAAGGAUUGGAGGACCUUCUGAGCAUCAAUGUCAGCGUUGAACAGGCGAAGCGCGAAGUCAAGAUUCGAGCCAAAGGCCUGAAAACGUUCUCCGAGCGGUAUAUUGCUCAGGAACCUAAGCCGGAAGCUGUCCUAAGCAACACGCGACAACAACAAGGUCAGAAAACCCUUCUAGCCAUUCCCCAGCUUCUCGAUGUCGAAGAGGACAUCUGGUCACCUAGCUAUGGUCUCAAAGGCAAGCUUGACGCCUCCGUACAAGCUGUUAUCUCCGAAACGGAUACCACUCCCAACCCCUUCACCAUCGCUUCCCGUAAACCGAACGUCUCUCAGAGCGAGUCCUUGACUAUGCCUUUCGAGAUUAAGACAGGUCGCGCAGUCGCUGGUAUGGAACAUCGAGCGCAGACAAUGCUUUACACUCUUCUCAUGUCAGAACGAUACAAGACGGACGUUCCGAGUGGGCUGCUGUACUAUACCCAAAGUGACGAAGUUAUCAGGGUCCCCGCUGCUCGUAAUGAGAUCAGGGCGUUGGUUAUUGCUCGUAACAGGAUGGCAGCAUAUAUGAUGCGCCGAACCAGAAGUAAGACGUGGAGGCAUAGGAGUCAUGAGAAUACUCAAGCUAUUCAUGUCGACGCUCGUGAGGAGGUCAAUAUCGAAGCAGAACCUUUCUUACCUUCUACCAUCGACGACGCUCGCAUAUGCGGCAAGUGUUAUGUUUUGGACACUUGUAUGCUGUAUCGCAAGGCCGUUGAAGGUGUCAUCGAUGACCACUCUGAUAUCGCGGACAUGUACGCAUUGAAGACAUCACAUCUCACGCCAACUCAAACUACUUUCUUCAAGAAAUGGGAGGCACUCAUCUCUAUGGAAGAACAGGAUCUCAUCAAGUUCAGGAAAGAGAUUUGGACCAUGGGCGCUGAAGAACGAGAGGAGAAAGGAAGAUGCUUCGCCAACAUGGUCUUGGAUGUUGAGUACCAGUAUAACCCGAAUACACCUCAAUCCACGUCGAAAAGGGAAGGAAAGAUACAUCAGUUCACGUAUCGCUUCAUCAAGGCGAACUCCGAAGACACAACUCUACUGAACGGACAUAUGAGCGUAGGCGACGCUGUUACUGUGUCCAUUGAACCUGACCUACUGGCUUUGGCUCGAGGUUUCAUCGUACAACUCACUCCGCAUCAAGUUGUCCUCGGCGUAGACCAUCUGGUGGACCUACAAAGCGUUCGUCGACGAAACUGGCUUUCCUCAGAAGCUCUGGUCAUCUUCAGGAUUGACAAAGAUGAACUCUCUGGUGGUAUGGGUCGCAUAAGAGACAAUCUGGCUCAGCUCUUCUACGCUGAAGGUGAUACCAAACGACGUGAACUCGUGGUAGAUCUCAAGCCACCUACCUUCAUCGACUUCGAUGGACCCGUGGUUUCAAAAAACGAGCCCGUAGCGAAGACGAUCUCGAAGCUCAAUACCAAUCAACAGCUCGCCAUACGAAAAGUAUUAUCUGCUCAAGACUAUGCCCUCGUUCUUGGUAUGCCCGGAACUGGGAAGACAACGGUCAUUGCUGCACUCAUUCGUGUGUUAGUCGCUAUGGGCAAGACUGUUCUCCUCACUUCGUACACCCAUUCGGCGGUUGAUACCAUCCUGCGGAAGCUGAAGGAUGAUGCGGACUUUGGUAUCCUGCGACUCGGAAAUUUGGACAAGAUUCAUCCGGACAUGCACCAAUUCACUUUGUCAUCCCUCGGAGCAGCCACAUCUAUUGAACAGCUGGAACACAGGGUAAUGACGCCCUCCGUCGUUGCCACUACCUGCUUGACCAUAGAUCAUGCCUUGUUUUCUCGUAGACACUUUGACUAUUGUAUCGUGGAUGAGGCCUCCCAAGUGACCCUGCCGACUUGUUUGGGUCCUCUUCGCUUCGCGGAUAGGUUUGUACUAGUUGGAGAUCACUUUCAACUACCGCCACUGGUCCGCAAUCGCGAUGCUCGCAAAGGUGGUAUGGACGUAUCACUGUUCCGUCGAUUGUCAGAUGCGCAUCCUGCCGCCGUUAUCGACCUCACAGAGCAGUAUCGAAUGAACGAAGAUAUCAUGCUGCUCUCGAAUAAGCUCAUCUACAGUGACCGUCUACGAUGUGGUUCCCAAGAGGUAGCGAAGCAAAGCCUCAGAAUACCAAACAGAGGUUACCUCCGGAAGUUGCAUCUGGGUUCGAGUUGUGAUAGUAAUGACUGCUGGCUGAAUCGUGUUCUGGAUGAACGCUGCAAAGCAGUAUUUGUGGACACUGACGGGAUUCCCGCACACGACUCGCGGGUCGGAGACCUGGUCCAAAACAUAACAGAAGCACGGCUCGUAGGUCAAGUCACGGAAGCCUUGCUCCGCUGUGGAAUUGAACAGCAACAGAUCGGCGUCAUCUCCCUGUAUCGUCAACAAAUCAAACUUCUAUCGUACCUACUUGAAGAUUGGAAAGACAUCGAGAUUCUCACUGCUGACCGUAGCCAGGGACGAGAUAAAGAUUGUAUCAUCAUCUCUAUGGUCAAGUCGAAUGACUUAGGACAGAUCGGUGAUCUCGUAAAGGACUGGCGGCGCAUGAAUGUGACUUUCACGCGAGCACGAUCUAAACUCAUUAUCUUCGGGUCUCACAAAACCCUCCAAGCUGCUCCACUCUUAGAAGAGUUCUUCAAGCUUAUGGACAGCAAAGGCUGGAUUCUCUCCUUGCCUCCCAACGCGGACCAACUUCAUGAGGGCGUCAGCAGCCGCACUUUGUCAAAACGUUCCUCCGACUCUGGUGCGAGAGAUCGUCUAUGUCUCAAAGAUGAGCUUAGACCACCCAAGAGACCGAGGAGGAGUGACAUCUCAGGGGAUGUUCUAGCGAAAGGAAGACCUAUCUUGAAAGACCUUUUCAAUGAAUAUUAGAACUUCCGUAUAUCCUGACUUGCAUAGACCUGACACUCAGACUUAUCCAUAUGUUUCCUAUCAUUGUCGAUUUCCGCGUCGUUCGUCUGUCUAUCAAGUAGUAAGACCAAGGACAGUAGAUUUCUUGCAGCCGGCCGUAACAAAAUUCCCAAUAUGGCAAAUGCUUUGGAAGCUAAUAACGACAAGCAGCGCGUUCACGGAAACUC